UGUGCCGUGCAUGUUAUCGUUGGGGUUCUAUUCGCGUUUAGCCCCGGUAUAGAUAUCGCGUGUUUAUUGUGUUAGUAACUUACGAAGGAUUUUCGUUUUUUUUUUUAUUUGUAUUGGUAUUUUUUUCUCAUUAAAGGAGUUAUCUAAUUUGAUUUUACUGUUCGCGGCGUUGUGCGGUAAUCAUAAUAUUUUAUUUUUUUGAUAUAAUAUAAUUUGUAGGAAAAUGGGAUACUCUAUGUGACGGCUAUAAUUGAAUUAAUUAUCCUGACAUUUGGAAAUCAAAGGCAAGUGAAUUUCUUAUAGCAGACCGAUUUGAAAGAUGCGUUGAUGCUAUUUUAAUAACCAAAUAUGUUAUGCGAAGAUUGAAUUUUAUUGGUGAACAGUGAUAAGAUCAAUAUCAAUCAUCAGUUUAUAAUAUUUGAAUCGAUGAGAUGUUCGAUCAACGUCGUCGGUCCGAUCUCGUCGUCGACAGAGCCGCCGCCUGCGCCACAUCGCCCGUCGCCGACAUCGUUACUUAACGGCGUUACAUCGAGUCGCGGCGAGUGACGGCCGUACCGGGUAAGGCGGCGGCGGUGGCGGCGGCGGCGACGACUGCUGCUGCUGCAUCGCCAUGGACCGGACGCCGUCGUGCUGCUCGCAACCGGUGGCCGCGGCCGCGGCCGUGUACAACUACGGUGUGGCCGGCGCGACGAUCGGCGGUUACGGCUCGUCGUACGACGGCUGCCCGCUGUCCGCGUCGUCGUUGUCAGCGGUCGGCGUGACGACGGUGGUGGACGACGGCCAGGGGUGUUUCUGCUGCGACAGCGACGACGACAGCGUGGAACGGGCCCGCGUGGCACACGCCAAGCGCAAGUGCUACAAAAGCUGUCUGCGGAACGCGUUCGUGUGCGCACUGCUCGUGUCGUACACGUUCGCCGGCGCGCUAAUAUUUCUCAGCAUCGAGGGUGACGUGGACGCCGCGGACGCCGCUGACGCCGACGACGGUGGCGGCGGCAGUCCGGUCCGGGAGGCCGGCCUGAUGCCCGCACAGCAGCAGAACCUGACGGCCGUCUGGAUGGCCGCGGCAGCCGCGGGCGAAGAGAGCCGCGCCCGGACCGUGGAGACCAUAUGGGAGAUCACGGUCAACCUGAACAUACUGUACCGGGAGAACUGGACCCGACUGGCCGCGCAGGAGCUGAACCGGUUCCAGGAGGACCUGAUACGCCGCCUCACGCAGCAGAUGGAAAUCGAAUCGGCCGCGGUCAGCUAUCACACCGGCGGCGGCGGCUUCAUCGUCGACCACGGCGGUGACUCCGGGGACAGCACUUUCGAAUGGAACAUGGCCACGUCGUUCCUGUACUGCCUGUCCAUACUCACCACGAUCGGCUACGGAAACAUCACACCAAAAACCGCUGUAGGUAAAAUGGUUACAAUGGUCUACGCGUUGAUUGGCAUCCCAUUGAUGUUAGUGUACUUAUCAAGCAUUGGCGGUCUGUUGGCGUGGUGUGCCCGAGGAAUAUUUACCAGGUCAUUGUGCUGUUGCCUGUGCUCCAAGUGCGGGUACUGCUGUUACGACGAGAAGCUGAUGGAAGAAAAAGAGCGGCGGAUGAAACUGAAACGCGAGCGGAAGGAGUACGACAUGCAAAUGAAAACGUUCUCCGGCCACGCGCUCGAACCGUACUACGUGCGGCCGGGCGACGCGGACGACGUGUUCCUGAGGGUGUCCGACCGGGCGGCGUCCGCGGCCGCGUCUGAUUCGGCGUCGGCGGCCGCCGCGGAACUGGCUGCGGACAGCGCCAGUUUCGUGCCACUGUUAUUGGUCGGCUUCGCGUUCAUGUCCGCGUACAUCGGAUGCGGCGCGGCCGUCCUGUACCGGUUGGACGCCGGCGGCAAAUCGUACCUGGACUGCGUGUUCUUCUGCUUCAUGUUGCUCAGCACCAUCGGUUACGGCAACUCGCGGUCAAUGGACGUGACGCUCACCAGCACGGCCACCGUUUGGUUCUGUUCCGUGUACAUACUGUCCGGCAUGGCGCUGACGGCCAUGUGCUUCAACAUCGUACACCACGGCGUGUCACCAAACUCAAGACGCUCUACCGGCCGGCGACCGCGCAGACCGAGUGACGGAGGCGGCGGCGUCGGCGGUGGCGGUGGAGGUGGCAUUAGUCCCAGUUCGACAACGCGAAGACUCCGCGGGAAGGCGGCUGCGGGCAGCAUACUGAUCUGA